CAAUCCGUAUGGGGAAUGGCGUUAGUUUGGAUAGGUUCGGGUCUUUUGAGAUCCGGGUACGAAAUGGAACCUUUUGAUCAAAUACUACAUUACGUCAUUACCAGCCUUAUCCUCGUGCUCCCGGCCGGGAGGUUACUCUCUGAUCACUCUCUGCAUCGAAUGGCCGAUCCUCUUUUCAUAUUCCAGAGGCCUUUCACCAUCAACACUUUCGUCUUCGCUUCCUUUCCCUUUAAUUCCUAUCCGAGACAACGCCGCCGUCCUCUCAGGUUCCUUUCCGUCCGAAACAAUCACACGUCCCCGCCGGACGUCCCCCGCAUCGACGUCAUUUCGACGACUGAGCUUUCUGAUGGUAGCGUUUUGUUCCGAUUUGGGGAUGCAAGCGAGAUGGCUAAGGAGAAAGUCGUAGAAGAUAAAAAGAAUAAUAACAGUGUAGCAGAUAAUCAUAGGGCUAGACGGAGCGAGAAAUUGUCGAGAGACAACGUUGGAGUGGUUGAUGAUAGAGGGACAUCUGAGCAUUGCGAUUCUGGAAAAGCUAUUUCUACUACUCUUGAAGUGAAAUUGGAAGCGGAGAACAGUUAUGUGACUCUUCAUGGGGGAAAGGAGAGCAUGAAGAAGGAAGACAUGCGUCCUUCUGUGGCUACCAUGGAAGAUGGUGAUGCGGGCAAUGUGAUUGUAGAAAUUCCAGAGUCAGAUUCCGUUCAUUCAGUGGAUGUAAUUGUUGAGACAGAUAGAGUUGAGAGUUCCAAAAAGAUAGAUGACAAUGUGGCUCUUGCUUCAAGCUCAUUAGAUGAAAUUACUGAAGGUAAUGCAAAUAGCAGCAGUACAAAGGCAGACGCUUCCAUUUUGAAUGCUGCUGAAUUGCCAACCACUAGAGCUGAUGUGAGCAGUAGGGAAGAAGAAAAUUUUACAGCGACAUUGUUCUUGUCUUCGGGUGCUGCUUCAUUACGGCAUUCCUCUGAGGCAUUGACAGGUGGUGAGGAUGCUUACUUUGUUACUCACCAUAACUGGCUUGGGAUUGCUGACGGAGCUGGUCAAUGGCCGCUUGAAGGGAUUAAUGUUGCUGGCCUAUUCACUCAUGAGCUAAUGAAGAACUGCGAAAAAAUUGUGACCGAUGACGACAACAUUUCGAUAAAUGACCCAGUAGAAGCUCUUAUGAAAAGUGUUGCAGUGACAGAGGCUCCUGGAUCAUCGACCGCAUUGAUUGCUUUUUUUAAUGGUCAGGUUCUUCAUGUGGCUAAUAUUGGAGACACGGGAUUUAUUAUUGUAAGAAAUGGCACUGUGGUUAAGAGGUCUUCUCCAAUCCAUCAUGAGUUUAACUUUCCAGUACGGAUUGAGAGUGGCGAUGAUCCUUCAGCAGUUGUAGAGGAAUACAAAAUAAAUUUGGAUGAGGGCGAUAUCAUUGUCACUGCUACAGAUGGUCUUUUUGACAAUCUAUAUGAGCAAGAAAUAGCGUCAAUUGUAUUGAGGUCAUUGAAAAUUUGUUUGAAACCUCAGGAAAUAGCAGAAUUCUUGGCUGCAGGAGCACAAGAGGUCGGUAGGUCCGCCAGUGUGAGGAGUCCGUUUGCGGAUGCAGCCCAGGCUGCUGGGUAUGCAGGGUACAGGGGUGGCAAGCUUGAUAAUGUUACUGUUAUUGUGUCUUUGGUACAAAAGAAAUCCGACUCUCACUUACAAAGGUAGUGCUGGUGGUGGAUCAAUUUGGGUGGUCUUCGGUGCCUUUCGCGGUGAGUGGACACCUUGUUCUCUCUUCUUGAGAGAAGCUACGAACACUGCAGGUGGUCUGAUCUUAUUGUUAAUAGGGAGAGUAGUAGUAGUAGUACUACUAAGCCUGUGAUGAGAAUCAUGAACCACCCUUGUAUAGUACUUGCCACUAUUGUCAAGUAAUCUUGUGUUAUCAGCGGCUUCAAGUAUUGUUGAUGGCCUUCUCAAUGGAACAAUGACUGAGUUACCACCACCUGCCAUGCACACUGCAGUGGAUGAGGACUGGCACAUGAACCCCAUCAUUGUCUUGCCUGACCUUGCAUGUUUCAUCUUCAUAGCAUCAGCCAUAGAAAGAGUGUGUGUGUUUCUGUGUUUUGUGUUGUGGUGGUGUUGUGAAGAAUGAGAGUGGAAGUAGUGUGUGGAGUAUGGCAUGCUUUAUUAAUGACUUAGCUACUAACAUGCAUAUAUGCGCUUGGCUGACACUUACUGCUAGCUGCCCUCUGUUUUAUCUGUGUUUUGAAUGCAUUCACCAUCCUGUCUUUUUCUCCA